GGUAAUUUGUAUUCUUUGUCUUUAACUUUGAGAUAGCAAUGGCUUUUCGUUUUGUGGGUAAAACUUGCAGCAGUUUGCUGCAACGAAGUGCAUGUGGCACAACAACUGCCGGAGUGCAAUGUAGUCGCACUCUGGCGCAUUAUCCAAUCAACGAUGCCAUGUUUGGCAUGGACGAAGAACGCCAAAAGUUAAGAGAGAUCGCCUUCAAUUUCUUUCAAAAGGAACUUGCCCCACAUGCUUACGAGAUUGACAAGUUGGAUAAGUUCAAGGAUUUGCGUUCGUUCUGGCGUAAAAUGGGUGAACUGGGAUUCCUUGGCAUCACGGCGGAACCGGAAUACGGCGGCACAGGUGGCAGUUACUUGGACCAUUGCAUAAUUAUGGAGGAGAUUUCAAGAGCGGCUGGUGGCGUAGCACUUUCUUACGGCGCACAUUCAAAUCUGUGCAUCAAUCAGCUAACCAAGAACGGCACACCUGAGCAAAAGGCAAAGUAUCUGCCCAAACUGUGCAGCGGCGAGCACGUGGGUGGAUUGGCUAUGUCAGAGCCUAGCGCUGGCUCCGAUGUCGUCUCAAUGAAGAUGCGGGCGGAGCGUAAAGGAGAUUACUAUGUGCUUAAUGGUUCGAAAUUCUGGAUUACCAAUGGCUCCGAUGCCCAAACCCUGAUCGUGUAUGCCAAAACGGGUGCCAGUGGUGUCCCUGAUAGACACGGAAUUACCGCCUUCAUUAUUGAAACCGAUUGGGAGGGCUUCAGCGUGGCCCAAAAGCUAGAUAAAUUGGGCAUGCGUGGCAGCAGCACUUGUGAGCUUGUCUUCCAGGACGUUAAAGUGCCCGCCAAGAAUAUUCUAGGCCAGGAGAACAAGGGUGUCUACGUCUUGAUGUCAGGUUUGGACUACGAACGUCUGGUUCUGGCUGCCGGACCAGUGGGUCUCAUGCAGGCAGCUUGUGAUGUCGCAUUUGACUACGCCCAUCAGCGUAAACAAAUGAAUAGCCUGAUUGGCGAGUUUCAGCUUAUCCAGGGCAAGAUGGCCGAUAUGUACACCACUCUGAGCGCUUGCCGCAGUUACCUGUACUCUGUAGCAAGAUCCUGCGAGGCAGGAGUACGUAGCAGCAAAGACUGUGCCGGUGUCAUAUUGUACAACGCUGAAAAAGCAACCCAAGUGGCUUUGGAUGCCAUUCAAAUCCUUGGCGGCAACGGCUACAUCAAUGAUAAUCCCACAGGACGCAUUUUGCGUGAUGCCAAACUGUAUGAGAUUGGUGCUGGAACUUCAGAGAUUAGACGCUGGCUUAUUGGACGCGAAUUGAAUAAGGAGUACAAGUAAUCCACAUUCUAAUGGAAGAACGAUCGUGGCAAUAUUAUGAUAUGGAUUUUGAACUAUAUUUACUCUCUAACAGACUAUUUGUUGCAUUUAUUUUUUUAACGAUCUUUUCGUAAAAUAUAUAUAUAUAUAUAUACACUGUACUAUGUUUAACUGAUAGCUUUUCCCCCCAACUCAAUUGAUAUUUAAAUUUUUUAGCUCAAUCCUUCCACAAACUUCCGACCAAGUUAUAAAUAUUGUUAAGAUAUUGUUUUUAUUAAUUUACAAAAAAAUACACAAUUCAUGAAUGCAAAUACGUAUACACGACGAUUCACUUAUGUACUCGUAUGUAUAUACAAAACGAAAUCAGAAAUUAUGAUUACAUUGAAAGGGGAAAUCCAUAAAACAAUGUUUACGUACAAAGAUUAUUUAAGAACUUAAAUCUAAGUUAUGUGAACAACAAAAUGUUUAUGCGCACUUAACUAUGAAUUGGCGCUGAUUUAACUAAAAAUGUCAUUAACUUUUAGUUUAUAGGUGCGCAGUAAUAAAUUGCAUUGAUCUAACAACAAAUCGAAUGAAUCCAAUUUGUAAUUUAUACGGUUUUGUGUUACGUUUAAAGGUUAC